AUGGUGACAAAGAACCCACGCGGCAGCAGAGAGUCGGCUGCCUCUCACGGUGAGGGAGGCGAGUGGACCGGAAACAGCCAGCGGUUUCUGGAGGAACUACGGCUGCGCCGCGACCGCCGGGAACAGCGGUUCGCCGCGGUUGUGCUCUUAGAUCUGCACGCCCAACCUGACUUCUUGGUUGACCCGAAUCUUGACUACGUGAGAGUGGAAACGGCAGCUCGGAAAGAGGCGCGGAAAGCAGCUGAAAAGGCCGCAGCCAGGGACGCUUCGACGUAG